AUGAAAUGUGGUGGUCUGACCAACGCAAGGACUCCAACAGACGAGGAACGAGCAAAACUGGAGCCGUUGCUCCUGGACAAGUUGGAAUCUCAUUUGGGCACCAAGCCCUCUUCCGCUGAAGUUGUUCAACUCUCCACACAAGUGGUGGCAGGGACUAACUAUUUCGCUAAGGUCAAAGUGGAUCACGACAAGUACGUACACGUGCGUAUACACGAAAAACUGCCGUGCCACGGAGGUCAUCUGGAGUUGCAUGCAGUCCAGCCCGACAAGGCUCAUGCUGAUCCGAUCGCCUACUUUUGA